AUGAUGUGCGAGGUGAUGCCCACCAUCAGCGAGGACACGGCGCUGAGCCAGCGCGGCUCUCAGAGCAGCGCCUCGGACCCGGACUCCCACUUUGAGCAGCUGAUGGUCAACAUGCUGGACGAGAGGGACCGGCUGCUGGACACGCUGAGGGAGACCCAGGAGAGCCUCGGCCUGGCCCAGCAGCAUCUCCAGGACGUCAUCUACGACCGUGACUCUCUGCAGCGUCAGCUCAGCUCCGCCCUGCCACAGGAGUUUGCAGCGCUGACGAAGGAGCUGAACGCCUGCAGGGAGCAGCUGCUGGAGAAGGAGGAGGAGAUCUCCGAGCUGAAAGCCGAGAGGAACAACACCAGGCUACUGCUGGAGCAUCUGGAGUGCCUUGUGUCCAGACACGAGCGGUCACUUCGUAUGACGGUGGUCAAGCGGCAGGCUCAGUCUCCCUCAGGGGUCUCCAGUGAAGUCGAGGUCCUCAAAGCGCUCAAGUCCUUGUUUGAACACCAUAAAGCCCUAGAUGAGAAGGUAAGGGAGCGACUACGGGUGUCACUGGAGAGGGUGUCCGCCUUGGAGGAGGAGCUCACAGCAGCCAAUCAGGAGAUUGUGGCCUUACGGGAGCAAAAUGCUCACAUUCAGAGAAAAGUGGCUUCCGGAGACGGAGGAGAGGACAUACUGGAGGGCAGUGAAGCUCAGCAGAAGGUCCAUGGCAAGCGCCUGUCCAACGGCUCCCUGGAGUCGGCCCACGAGGCGAGCCAGGUGGUGGAGCUGCAGGACCUGCUGGAGAAGCAGAACUACGAGCUGGCCCAGAUGAAGGAGCGCAUGUCCUCCCUGUCCUCCCGGGUCUCCGAGGUGGAGCAGGAGCUGGAGACCGCCCGCAAGGACCUCAUCAAGUCAGAGGAGAUGAACAACAAGUACCAGAGGGACAUCAAAGAGGCCAUGUGUCAGAAGGAAGACAUGGAGGAACGGAUCGUAACGCUGGAAAAACGCUACCUGAGUGCCCAGCGAGAGUCCACCUCGGUGCACGACAUCAAUGACAAACUGGAGAACGAGCUGGCCAAUAAGGAGGCGUUCCUCAGACAGAUGGAGGAGAAGAACAGGCAGCUGCAGGAGAGGCUGGAGCUUGCCGAGCAGAAGCUCCAGCAGACCAUGAGGAAGGCGGAGACGCUGCCGGAGGUGGAGGCUGAACUGGCCCAGAGGAUAGCGGCCCUCACCAAGGCGGAAGAGCGUCACGGGAGCAUCGAGGAGCGAAUGAGGCACUUGGAAUGCCAGCUGGAGGAGAAGAACCAGGAGCUGCUACGGGCUCGACAGAGGGAAAAAAUGAACGAGGAGCACAACAAGCGACUCUCGGACACGGUGGACAGACUCCUCACGGAGUCCAACGAGCGUCUUCAGCUCCACCUGAAGGAGAGAAUGGCAGCUCUAGAAGAGAAGAAUCUGUUAAUCCAAGACUCUGAAGGUUACAGGAAACAGUACGAAGAGUCAAUCCAAGAGAAAACACAGCUGGCGGAGGAGAUUGAGAAGCUGAGAUCAGAGCUGGACCAGUUCAGAUUGAGGGCAGGCUCCCUCACAGAACCCACCCUGUCACGGUCUCAUCUGGACACGUCGGCCGAGCUCCGAUUCUCGUUGGGAUCUCUGGCUGAAACCCAGUCGGACCACUACCGCUCAGCCAAGGUCAUCCGCCGGCCAAGGAGAGGUCGAAUGGGUCUGCGUGAAACCAAGGCGAAAUCGCUGGGGGAGCACGAAUGGCGCUCACAGCAGCUCGGGGUUCUGGGAGGCCACCACUUCGAGAGCGACACGGAGAUGUCGGACAUCGACGACGACGACAGGGAGACGCUGUUUAGCUCCAUGGACCUUCUGUCGCCCGGCGGCCACUCCGACGCUCAGACUCUGGCCAUGAUGCUGCAGGAGCAGCUGGAUGCCAUCAACAAGGAGAUCCGGCUGAUCCAGGAGGAGAAGGAGUCGACGGAGCUGCGGGCGGAGGAGAUUGAAAACCGGGUGGCCAGCGUCAGCCUCGAGGGCCUCAACCUGGCUCGAAUGCACCACCACGGAGCCUCCAUCACCGCCUCAGCCACCGCCUCCUCCUUGGCCUCUUCCUCCCCACCCAGCGGACACUCCACCCCCAAACUCGACCCUCGAAGCCCCGCCCGCGAUAUGGAGCGCAUGGGGGUGAUGACGCUGCCCAGUGACCUGAGGAAACACAGGAGAAAGAUAGCGGCGGUGGAUGAGGACGGCCGCGAGGACAAGGCCACCAUCAAGUGCGAGACGUCCCCCCCUCCGACGCCGCGCACUGUCCGAAUGACACACACACUGCCAGCCUCCUCACACAAUGACGCACGAGGGAUCGUGGCCUCUCUGGAGGCCGAGGCCAGCGCGCUGAGCAGCGUGGCCAGCAGCCAGGACUCCCUCCACAAACAGCCGAAGAAGAAGGGCAUCAAGUCCUCCAUCGGUCGGCUUUUCGGCAAGAAGGAGAAGGGCCGGUUGGCGCAUCUGGCACACAGACAUGUCAUGGUAGAUCCGCAAGCAACCAUGAUGGACCCAGACAUGGCGGGCCAGGACAUGGGGGUGGGCAAGCUGGGAACUCAGGCUGAGAAGGACCGCAGGUUGAAAAAGAAACACGAGCUAUUGGAGGAGGCCAGGAGAAAGGGUUUACCUUUCGCCCAAUGGGACGGUCCCACAGUUGUCGCCUGGCUGGAGCUGUGGUUGGGAAUGCCGGCCUGGUACGUGGCGGCGUGUCGCGCCAACGUGAAGAGCGGCGCCAUCAUGUCGGCCCUGUCUGACACCGAGAUCCAGAGGGAGAUCGGGAUCAGUAACCCUCUGCACCGGCUCAAGCUUCGCCUGGCCAUCCAGGAAAUGGUCUCCCUCACCAGCCCCUCCGCCCCGCCCACCUCCAGAACCCCGUCAGGCAAUGUAUGGGUGACCCAUGAGGAGAUGGAGACCAUGGCAGCCCCUUCCAAAACGAAGUCACAGUCUGAAGAGGGGAGCUGGGCACAGACUCUAGCUUAUGGCGACAUGAACCAUGAGUGGAUAGGGAACGAGUGGCUGCCCAGUCUAGGACUACCUCAGUACCGCAGCUACUUCAUGGAGUGCCUGGUGGACGCACGUAUGCUGGACCACCUCACCAAGAAGGACCUGAGGGUGCACCUCAAAAUGGUGGACAGCUUCCACAGAACAAGUUUACAGUAUGGAAUCAUGUGUCUGAAGAAGCUCAACUACGACCGGAAGGAACUGGAGAGACGCAGGGAGCACAGCCAGCAUGAAAUGAGAGACGUGCUGGUGUGGAGUAACGAGCGGGUCAUCCGCUGGGUGCAGAGCAUAGGCCUGAGGGACUACGCCAACAUCCUGCUGGAGAGCGGAGUGCACGGAGCUCUGGUCGCCCUGGACGACAACUUCGACUACAGCAGUCUGGCGCUGCUCCUCCAGAUCCCCAACCAAAACACUCAGGCACGUCAGAUUCUGGAGCGAGAGUACAAUAAUCUGCUGGCGCUGGGCACCGACAGGAGGCUGGAUGAGUGUGACGACAAAGACUUCCGAGGUCCGUCGUGGAGGAGGCAGUUCCCGCCCCGAGACGUUCACGGUAUAAGUAUGAUGCCCGGAUCCGCAGAGACGCUUCCUGCUGGAUUCCGCCUCACCGCGACGUCCGGUCACUCCCGGAGACUGCCCCCCGAGGUCGGACCCUCUGCAGUGCAGCGGCUGGACAGCUCCACGGUGAGAACCUACUCCUGCUGAGAGGAGGAAGAGAGGGACCUUAAACUGUACGCUGUACAGUUCUGAAUGGAGAUUAACUAGGGGAGCUGCUGGAUAGGCCAACCUGCCGCGGAACAAACCGUUGUGAUGACACGCACUGCCAAGAAGCCCUGCUCUCCUCUCUGACGCCCCCCGCCCGACCCCCCUCCUCCUCGCCCCCAUAAUGUGGGCACCAGAUGCCGGUGCUAAACUGUCCUGCAGGCUACCCUGUUGUCACCAUUUCUACCUUUUACAUGUACAGUAACUUGUCGAAGCAUAAUGUACUGUGUAUUUCUUCUACAGGAGAUGUGUAGGUUAUCUGUACAUAAAUAUGCCAUUUUUUAAUAUAUACACACAUCUAUGUAUAAAAAGAUAUUCAGAGUUUGUGCAAAAAAAUGUCCCUGCCACCUCAUUUAGUGGACCAUAGAUUAAUAUAUGCUGCUCUUUAAACUGUCUCCAUAUUACCCAACCCCUCUAGAUCAUUUUGUACAUAUGGUUUUAUUUUUUCAUUGUGCUGCUGAUGAUGAUGAUGAACCUGUGCUGCACCAUAGAGAGAGGAAGAGUCUGGAUGUUGUGUGAAAACCUGCCCUCUAGUGGUGUACAAAAACCACUCCGAGCCCCAUUUCUGGUACCAACAAAACAUCAUUCCUCCUUUCUUACGACUCGCUGUCAUAAAGGAGCGUUUUAAGAGGACACGUCGACGCACUGGGACGACAUGACAAGCACUUUGAUACAACCGCAUCAACUCAACGGACUAUUCAGUAGCCAAGGACGAAACAAGAGGCGCCACUGCUCUCCCGAAGCUGCACAAAAACUUCUCAGAGAACGAAAAAAAAGCAGGACGUCACUCAUAGAACCUGUCACUUGUCGUACUGUAUGUUUUGUCAGGCGAGACAUUAACACAAAGGACAACUACACACUCAGCCGAGCUGGCCUUCUCCCCCGACCCCUCAGACACUACGCUAACAGAGGAAAUAACUGAAAGACAGACUGCUUUAGCUCAUAGUGUGCGUAGAGUGUAUAUGACCAUGUUGAAGUGAGGUGACUUUUAAUGACAAAAACCUGUUGCUUGCUGUGACUUACAUUGGUGUAACUGUUAACUCUUUGUUUCUGUCGGAGUUUCCAGGGCAACCUAUUGUACGGCCCUGUUAUCUGUCUUUUAGUUAUUUCUGAUGGACGACUCAAACAAGUCUUACGCUUUUAAUUUGUUUUUACAUCUUCAAUUUGCACGAACAAUGAAUCAUUUUCUUUUGUGUCCUUUUUU